AUGGUGUCCUGGAUGAUCUGUCGCCUGGUGGUGUUGGUGUUUGGGAUGCUGUACCCAGCUUAUGCUUCCUACAAGGCUGUGAAGACCAAGAACAUUCGUGAAUAUGUCCGGUGGAUGAUGUACUGGAUAGUCUUUGCACUGUUCAUGGCCGUGGAGACCUUCACAGACAUCUUUAUUUCCUGGUUCCCUUUCUACUACGAGAUCAAAAUGGCCUUUGUGCUGUGGUUGCUAUCACCUUACACCAAAGGGGCCAGCCUGCUUUACCGCAAGUUUGUCCACCCAUCCUUGUCCCGUCAUGAGAAGGAGAUUGACACCUGCAUCAUGCAGGCCAAGGAGCGCAGCUAUGAGACAGUGCUCAGCUUUGGGAAACGGGGCCUCAACAUUGCUGCUUCAGCCGCUGUGCAGGCUGCCACCAAGAGUCAGGGUGCGCUGGCCGGAAGGCUGCGAAGCUUCUCCAUGCAGGACCUGCGCUCCAUCCCUGAUGCCCCUGCCCCCGCCUACCGGGAUCCCCUCUACCUGGAGGACCAAGUACCUCGCCCCAGGCCGCCCAUCGGGUACCGGGCAGGGGGCCUGCAGGACAGCGACACCGACGAUGAGUGUUGGUCAGACACAGAGGCAGUUCCCCAGCCACCCAGCCGGCCCCGAGAGAAGCCUCUCGGCCGCAGCCAGAGCCUGCGUGUGGUCAAGAGGAAGCCGCCGGUGCGGGAGGGCACGACCUCGCGCUCCCUGAAGGUUCGGACAAGGAAAAAGACCAUUUCUUCAGACAUGAACAGCUAGGGUCUGCAGAGCCUGGUCUAAUCUUACCUCUUGCCUUAUGGGGCGCAGGGGGCUCUUUGGAGGGGACCUCUGGCUGCACGUCUGACCUGCCUACACCAGCUGCUCAGGCUCUGUCCUCCUGGCUCCUGGUGUCGUUAAGGGCCAGGUGCUGCCAGGGCCAUGCACAGGGCUAUACCUGUAAUGUACCAAAGCAGGCUGGGUCCAGGGUUCUAUUUAUUGUCUUUCUCAUCCUUCUACCCCCCCGGGUGUGUGGGACCAGAAUCCUUCCCAAACCUCUGCAAGUGAAACCAAAAGUCCACCCAGCUGUGUUCAUUCCUUCCUGUCCUUCAGAGUACUUGACAGCCUCCUCCAAGGCCUUGUGUGUGUGUAUAGGUGUGUGUCCUGGUUGUAUGUUUUGUGUUGGUGAAUGAGGUCAGGUUUGUGCACGUUUUGGUAAAUAAACAC